UAUGCAUCAGUUUUCACGCAUGUAUACACGCGAAUCGGUGACGGUGUGGCGUUGUUGGCGAUCGAAACGCAAAAUUCCACGAUUAUAAUUGCGUGUCACACCGAUAUAACGUGCGUGCGGUGAAACCGUGAAAGUGAACAUCAAUCGCAAGAAUAAUUCUAAAAUGUUGUUCUUAAUACUGGCGGCGUGUCUCGUCGCCAUGACUCACGCCGGAUGUCCCAUGAGACCGACGAUAGGACAAACUUCCGCAAACAGGACGCUGGGCGACGGCAAUUACAAGAUUCUUAUGAGCGGACAGACAAACGGAUACAUACCCGAUGCAGUCUACACAAUUAGUCUGCAAGGAUCGCAAACAAACGAGAGGUUACAACAAUUCACACGUUUCACACUCACGGUGCAUUCGCAGCACGCACCAAACAAUCUCUCAGCGCGCGUCGGUUACUUCCAGCUGUUUCCGGAUUUCACGACCACUUUCAACGAAGAUUGUAUUAAUACGAUUUCCGAAGAGAAUACAUAUCCGAAAUCAGAGAUUCGAGUGAUGUGGCGAGCACCGCCGGCCGGUUCCGGAUGUGUCAUCUUCACAGCGAUGAUUUUGGAAAACAACGUGCGAUGGUACGCCGAGGACGGUGCUCUCACUAAAAUUGUUUGCGAAUGGACGGGAUCGGAAGUCGAAAGUACGGAUGAGACUAAAUGCUGUGCUUGCGACGAAGCUAAAUAUUCGCUAACAAUGGAGGGCAUCUGGUCGAAUAGAACUCACCCAAAGGACUUUCCUUUUUCUGUCUGGUUGACCCACUUCAGCGACGUUAUCGGAGCGUCGCACGAGCCAAAUUUCUCUUUCUGGGGUAGAGAUCACAUCGCCACAGACGGUUUUCGACAAUUAGCCGAGUGGGGUUCUGCGACCGGUGUCGAAGCGGAAUUACGAGAGAAAUCUAAUCACCUUAGAACGCUUAUUAAAGCCGCCGGUCUCUGGUAUCCCAAUGUCAAUUCUAACACGACAACGUCCUUUAGAGUGGAUCGAAAUCAUCCCCUUCUCUCGGUGGCUUCUAUGCUAGGACCAUCUCCCGACUGGGUAGUGGGAGUGAGCAAGCUGAAUCUAUGUCAAAAAGAUUGCACCUGGGCGAAGAGCAUGUUGAUCGAUCUUUAUCCUUGGGACGCCGGCACUGACAACGGCAUUAGCUACAUGUCGACGAAUUCCGAGACGAAACCGCGCGAGAAGAUGAAGCCGAUAACGACGUUUUAUCCGGAAGAUCCGCGAUCUCCGUUUUACGACCCGUCCGGCAGACCCAUGCUCCCGCUGGCCAAAUUAUAUCUCAACAGGGAAAAAAUCAUCCCUCACGGAUGUAGCGAGGAACUUCUGCAGCGGCAAGUGGUCGAGUUAGAGGUGGCCGAGAACACGGAAGACACGACGAGACCGGAAUGCCAGACGACGGAUUAUUCGCCGUGGUCGUCGUGUUCGGUAACCUGCGGUAAGGGCCUAAGAAUGCGCACGAGGUCUUACAGAAUGCCGCAGAAAGCAGCCAUGUUCAAUUGUAACAGACAAUUGGUCUCCAAGGAAAUGUGCGUCGCGUCUAUUCCAGAAUGCUCAGGAGAAGAAGAAAACGAUGAUGACGUAAUCUCGUCGCCGAGUGACAAUCCGCUUUGCGAGACCACCGAGUGGAGCGUGUGGUCCGAGUGUUCGGAAACGUGCGGAGUAGGCUUGAAAAUGCGAACGAGAAGAUUCCGUGAUCAUCGUGGUCGUAAACAGUGCCCGCUUGUGUCGCUCGUCGAGAAGGAAAAGUGCAUGAACCCGCCUUGUCCGCCGGGAACGGAGGAGCAGAUCGAUCCUCUAUGCAAGGUGACAGAAUGGUCUGACUGGUCGCCGUGUAGCGCUUCUUGCGGCAAAGGUGUAAAAUUGAGAACUCGGCUGCUUAUAGUCGACCCGUCGCUGCAGACGGAAUGUUCCUCGCGCGUAGAAUUGCUUCAGCAACGACCGUGUCUCGUUCAAGCGGACUGCACAUUUGACAUGGCGACGGCAAAGGUUGUGUGCAUGGAGGAGGCAGAUCCCGGUCCCUGCAGAGGUUACUUCCAGAGAUGGGCUUUCAACCCGCAGAAAUUAAUGUGCGUGCCCUUCGCGUACGGCGGAUGUCGUGGCAACCGAAAUAAUUUUCUGACAACGGACGAGUGUAACAACACUUGCAACAUUGUGCGAUCUGUUCUGACUGGUCAGCUCGUCAACGAGACCGUAAAUCAAAUUCAGUCAAGUUCAUUCAGCAAAACAUUUAAUCAUUCUCGUCCAGAUUCUCGCGUAGACUGCGUGGUUUCACGUUGGACGAAUUGGUCACCAUGUAGUGUCACUUGCGGUCUUGGUCGCGUCAUAAGUUAUCGUAUCAUCGAGCGCGAAGCUGAGAACGGCGGCCGACCCUGUCCGAAAAAACUGUACCGUCAUCAUCGAUGCCAGCUCGCACCGUGUGAUGCAUAAGUAAAAAGGAAGCUCUUUACUCGGUGGCAUUUAACUUAUGUAUGUAAGCAUCUUUGAGAGUUGCACUCAACGAUAAAGGAAUCUACACACAAGUGAAAGAGUUAAUUUAAUAAUUAUAUCCAUAAAGAUAAAAGCUUUUUACUCUUAAGUUUCUAUUUUUAAUAAAUAGAUGGUUAUAUAAAUCGAUGUACAUUAGUGUCAAUAUUCUUUUGUAAGUUGAUCAUGUUGAUAAAUAUUAUAUAGUGUAUUUUACACACUGUUUGCUACAAAAUGCUGGGAAAUAUAUAAAUAUAUAAAUGUAUCAGAAUAAAUAAUAUUUUAUUAA